AUUGUAUUCUAAUUAUAUACUUUUUGUCAAAUAGUAAUUACCAUCGUCAUUAAGGAUGUCCACACUUUGAUAUGUUUUUUUUAUUAAGACGAAGAAAUUUCUUCAGUGUUGAAAGAAAAAUUUGUAAACAACGAAGAAAAAAAGAAAGUGCUAACAUGGAGAUGGAGAAAUGGUUCCUGCUCUUUAUGUUUAUCUCGACAUCACAUUCCGACGACAGACGCCCAUUACGCUUUGCCGCAUUGGUACCGGAAUAUUCAGUAGACAAGGGCUGUAUCAACGCUUCCAUUCAUAUGGCUUUUGAAGACGUUAAAAAGGCUACAAAUCUGCUAAAAGUAAAGGGUAAAAACAUUCAGUUUAAAGUAGUACCAGUCAUACGAGCUGUAGAAGAAACGACCAUUUCAGUGAUCGACACACUGUUUAAUUUGUAUGUAAAAAACAAAAUACCAGUGGUGGGGACAAUUGGACCACCAUUUAAAAAACAAAACGAACUAGGAAUGCAUUUUACGCAUGGAUAUUUUGAGCUGCAAGGAUCAUACAGUGAAGCACAUGAACCAGUUGAAGAUUACUUUGCUUUCUUCUUCAAAAACACCCCUUCUAUCAUAACAAGAUUUGACGCCGCUCGUAGGCUGAUAGACAAUUACAACUGGACAAGGGUCGGAAUAUUAUAUGAUCUUUCGGAUAAAACAUAUCGUAAGAAUGUGGAUAGCUUAAGAAAGGCAAUGGACACCUCAACUGAUAAUAAUAAUUCUUUAAAUAUAUUAUUAUAUAAUAGUAUCUGGAGCGAACCACCCAGGUACUCUGUGUCCAACGAAAUGAGACAACUACAAGAACUGGGGGCAAGGAUAAUAUUAGCACUAGUGUCCGUCCCAGGUGCAAGGAAGAUAUUUUGUGAGGCUUACCUUCGACAAAUGUACUCACCAAAAGUCACGUGGAUACUAUUUGAAACUCUUCCAUCUGAUUGGGCGUCGUCAAAAUAUGAUUCGAUUAUUGAUGAAUUUACCAACAAAAAAACGCGCGAGAUUAGCUGUAACGAAGAAGAGUUGCUGAUAGCUUCAUAUGGGUAUAUUUCUAUUACAAAACAAAAGGUUCGGAGGGAUAAAGAGCAAACUAUCGGUAAUAUGACCGGUAACGAUUUCGUGAAACGUUUACACGACCAUUUGGACGUUGGUGUUAAAUGUCCAGACAACACUGCAUACGCAUACGACAUGGUAUGGACAAUGACAUUACUUUUUGACGACGCGCUUGCAAGUGGGGGGAUAGCAAAUAACGACAUAGAUUUUGAAAAUGACAAUGCCCUUAAAAGAGCCCGACGUAUCUAUAUACUUUUGCGGGACCUCCCAAGGAUAAAGUUUCAAGGAAUUACUGGCCCUGUUUCUUACCAGAGAGUAUUUAAUGAUAAGUCUGAUAGGAUUGGUCAGCUCUCUCUUUUUUCAAACAAAGAAACUUCGGUAAUUAUUGGUAUGGAUGAUUUUACUAAAAAAAAACUAACAAUGAUUCCAGAGGCUACUAGCAUCUUAUUCAAAAAUGGAAAUGUUCCGAAAGAUAAAGCCAUUUAUCUCAAAAAAUUUGCGCAUUUUGCCAAACCGUUACUCGUGACCAUGUGGAUCAUUGCUUGUAUUGGUAUAUUGAUAGCCAUUUCAUUUCUGAUCAUUACACUGGUAUUUUCUCAAGAUAAAAAAAUGUCCAUGCAAUCUCCUGCAAUCAACUGUGUGAUUAUAUUUGGCAGUGUACUAUGUUAUUCAUCUGUUAUCAUCUAUGGACUUGACACUCGCUUCACGUCGAAAGAAAACACACAUUACAUCUGUUGGUCCUUCUUGUUUACAUUAUCAACUGGUUUUACAUUGACGUUUGGAUCGUUGUUUGCCAAAGUAUGGCAUAUUUACAAGUUAUAUAUGACACCAGAAGUUAAACUACAACGUUCAAUGAAGAGCUCCUCCGAUUGGUCACUUUUUGCGAUCAUUGGAUUGUUUAUCUUCAUUGAUUCGAUAGCCUUGAUCAACUGGGUUGAAUUCUCCCCAUUUGAUUAUGACAUUCGUAACAUCACCCAAGAGGAAGAUUUAUUUGCAGAUACAAUAGAGAUAGAGCAGAUCGUUGGUUGUACCUGUAAAUACGAAACUCAAUUUACCAUUGGAAUGUAUUGCUACAAAGGCGUCAUAUUGAUUUUUGGAAUAUUUCUUGCAUGGCAAUCAAGAAAUGCAAAAAUAAAAAUGCAAAACGAAUCAAAACAAAUCGCAAUGGCGAUUUACAAUGUUGUUGCUGUUUCAGUUAUUGGUGUAAUCUGUGUGUCAGUGUUGGCAAACACCACUCGUCAUCAUGCAACAUAUGCUAUUGUGGCUGUCUGCAUCUGUAUAUGUACCACUACAACACUCCUGUUGGUCUUUAUACCAAAGGUUCGGAUGAUAUUAAAUGCCACAGAAAUAAACUCUGGAGGUAGCGACCAAAGCAGUGCGAAUGAGCCAGAGGAUAACUAUCCAAUGGGCUACGUGAAUAGGAGCAUGGAGAAAGACAGCGAUAACAUGAAAUCAGCAUUUUCGACGUGUACUAUGACAUCAGAUGUGUCGUCUGAUCAACCAUGCGGGUCACUUGAUAGUUCAUCUUUUGCAGGAGGAAGCAAUACAUCAAACAAUGCAUUUCUAUCAAAUUCAGUAUUUAAUUCGCCUCCGUCUUAUAACGAAGAACCUAAACGGUACGUCGACAGUAAUGGAUGCUUAGCUUCGGGAGUUUAUGUGGGAACAAUUGAUGAAGAACCUGAAGGUUCCAAUCCAGUUAACGACUCCACUGCUUGAGAAGAGAACUUAUAAGAAGAAGUUGUAAAUACUAAGACUGCAAAUACUUGGUUACAGCGCUGCAAGGAUCCCUACUUUAACAAAUGUCCUCAAUUAUUACGAAUUUAUAGCACCCUUUAUGAUGAAACGCCCCGAGGCGUGUAAUUAUAGCAUUUGACAUCAAGAGAUCAAUUUUAUUUUAUAGCGAAAUUUAACGAAAACAAAUGUCAUUAGAAUAUAUAUUCAUAUACUUCA